AUGCCCCCCCAAGGCCCCCUAACCACCCCCCUCACCACCCUCCUCGGAAUCAAACACCCCAUCCUCCUCGCCGGAAUGGCACGAACGUCCGGCGGUCCCCUCGCAGCAGCGGUAUCCAACGCCGGCGGCCUAGGCUGCAUCGGCGGACUGGGCUACACGCCCGUCCAACUCCGCGAAAUAAUCCACUCCCUCAAAUCCUCCCUCUCGUCCCCCGACCUCCCCUUCGGCGUCGACCUCGCGCUCCCAAAAGUCGGCGACGGCGCCCGCAAGACCAACCACGAUUACACGCACGGGCAGCUCGACGAGCUAAUAACCGUCACCAUCGAAGAAGGCGCGCGGCUGUUCAUCAGCGCGGUGGGGAUCCCGCCGCCACAUGUCGUGAAGCGGUUACAUGACGCGGGGAUUCUGGUUAUGAAUAUGGUUGGACAUCCGAAACACGCGAAGAAGGCGCUGGAUGCGGGUGUGGAUAUCGUGUGUGCGCAGGGCGGGGAGGGGGGAGGACAUACGGGGGAUAUCCCGAAUUCGAUUCUCAUUCCGAGUGUGGUUGAUGUGGCGAGGGGGUAUCGACCGGCGAUGUUGAAGGGAGGGACGGCGUUGGUGGUUGCGGCGGGGGGGAUUUAUAAUGGGCGGAGUUUGGCGAGUUCAUUGAUGCAGGGCGCGGCGGGGGUUUGGGUCGGGACGAGGUUUGUGGCGUGUACAGAGGCUGGGUGCUCGCAGCAGCAUAAGGAGAGCGUUGUGAGUGCUACUUUUGAGGAUACGGUUAGGACGUUGGUUGUAAGUGGGCGACCACUGAGACUGAGGAGAAAUGAGUGGGUUGAUAAGUGGGAAGCGCAGCCUGAGAAGAUAAAGGAGUUGACCGAGAAGGGGGUGGUGCCUAUUGAGUAUGACAUGGAUCAGGGGAUUGACGUUGAUAUUCCUCAUCUGAUGGGAGUGGUAGCUGGCGUGAUUCAGAAGAUUCAACCUGCGAAGGAGAUUGUGGAUGAGAUGGUUAGCGAAGCUGUAGAUAUGUUAAAACAGGGCCAUACCUUCUUGAGUGAGAAGAGUAAGCUAUAA